CUUCUCUCUGGAGAAUCACCAUCAAGUAGGUCGGGCCCGCAAGGGAACAAGCAAGACCCCUGAGAGCUCCACCUACUUCACAGGAGAAAAUCCCACAGCAGAACUCGGAGUCAGCAAUGGCUAAACCCCAGGUGGUUGUAGCGCCCGUGUUAAUGUCCAAGCUGUCUGCGAAUGCCCCUGAAUUCUACCCAUCAGGCUCCUAUGAAGAUGGGUGUGAGGAAUAUCCCACUCUAUCAGAGUAUGUUCAGGACUUUUUGAAUCAUCUCACAGAACAGCCUGGCAGUUUUGAAACUGAAAUUGAACAGUUUGCAGAGACCCUGAACGGUUGGGUUACAACAGAUGAUGCUUUGCAAGAACUUGUCGAACUCAUCUAUCAACAGGCUACGUCUAUCCCAAACUUCUCUUACAUGGGAGCUCGCCUGUGUAAUUACUUGUCCCAUCAUCUGACAAUUAGCCCACAGAGUGGCAACUUUCGUCAAUUGCUACUUCAAAGGUGUCGGACUGAGUAUGAAGUGAAAGAUCAAGCUGCGAAAGGGGAUGAAGUGACUCGGAAACUUCAUGCAUUUGUCCUCUUCCUCGGAGAGCGCUUCCUUAACCUGGAGAUCAAGGGAACAAAUGGACAGGCUAUGAGAGCAGAUAUUCUUCCAGUUGGUCUUCGAGGGUUGCUGAAUGCGCUUUUUUCUAAUCCUAUGGAUGACAACUUAAUCUGUGCAGUGAAAUUACUGAAGUUGACAGGAUCCGUUUUGGAAGAUGCCUGGAAGGAAAAAGCCAAGACUGAUAUGGAAGAAAUUAUUCAGAGAAUUGAAAAUGUUGUCCUUGAUGCUAACUGCAGCAGAGACGUAAAGCUCCCGAAGCUGGUGGAGCUCUGGUCAAGUAGCUGGGGUAGAGUCCAUGCAAUUUCAGCCUACAGAGAAGCAACACCUGAGAAUGAUCCUAACUACUUCAUGAACGAACCAACAUUUUAUACAUCCGAUGGUGUUCCUUUCACCGCAGCUGAUCCAGAUUACCAAGAGAAAUAUCAAGAAUUACUUGAACGAGAAGAUUUUUUCCCAGAUUAUGAAGAAAAUGGAACAGAUUUAUCCGGGGCUGGUGAUCCAUACUUGGGUGAUAUUGAUGAUGAGAUGGACCCAGAGAUAGAAGAAGCUUAUGAAAAGUUUCGUUUGAAAUCAGAGUGUAAGCGAAAGCAAUAAAGUAAAUUUCAGUGUAUCAGUUUUAUAAAACAGUUUAGGUAUGGUGAUUUAGCAGAAUGCAGGACAGCAAGAAAAUUUGUUAUAUCAAAUUAAGGAUCUUGAGUUACGUUACUAAUGUAUGCAACUUUAAUUUUGUUUAACACUUAUCUGCCAAAAUAAACUUUAUUCCCUAUAACUUAAAAUGUGUAUAUAUAUAAAAUAGAUUAUUAUGUACAGUUAAUUCUGUUUUGGCUGCAAUAAAAUCGAUUUUGAAAUAAA